AUGGCGAUCUUGGACCAAAAGCAUACUACAAUGCAUGUGGAAUACAGUGUCAGUCGGUAUGAUGGAGGAAGGGAGAGAAAAGUGACAUUGAAUUCAAUAACUAAAGACAUUACUUAUAGUUGUAAUCUUUUUGAGCAGGAAGGAAUCCUAUGCUCACAUGCUUUAAAGGUGUAUAAUAUGGUUGGAAUAAAGUUUAUUUUUGAUCAAUAUGUGACAAAGAGGUGGACAAAGAAGGCAAGGUCCGGAGGCAAUGUUGAUUGUAAGGAUAGAGAAAUAUCAUCAGAUCUGUCUCUCUCUAUUUUCCAUCGAUAUAGGCUAUUAACAUUCGAAAUGGUAAGACUUGCUACAAGAGUUGCCAUGUCAGAAGCCGCUACAAAGUUAGUCAGUAGCGUAAUGUCUGAAUUGUCAAAGAGAGUCAAAAUACUAUUUUGUGGAGAAAUAAAUGAAAUAACACAGAAUAGUGCAUCAAUGGAUCUAUGUAAGAAAAUACAGGUGCAGAAUGCAGCUGGCCACUUUGUGACUCCAACGGGUUUGAAGAAACAAAGUGGCAGAAAAACUAAGAAAGUAUUGCGUAGUUGGGUGAACAGGUUUCAUUGGCAAAAGAAAAGCUCUAAAUUGUCUAAGGCAAACACUCCUGAAAUGUCAUUCAGUAAAUCAAAUUUUGGAUCAUCCCCAGUUAUUUACUCGGAUAUGCAGUCUUGUAAGAUGACCUCAUUGUGGCUUCUGUGGAAAGGCCAAAAGCAAUGCUCCCAUACAUAUAAGCGACGAAGAAGUGGAAUUAUCUGCAAUAUAAAUGGGUAG